UCACUGACGCAUGCGCGCCGCCGCCGACCGGUCGCGCCGAAUCCCGCGCAUUUUCGAUCUAUUUACCCAUCGUGACAAUCGGAAUUUCGUAAUCUGUGAUAAUGCUGUGCUGUGUUGUGGAGUGAAGUGCGAACUGUAAAGAUACCCGUGAACACUUUCACUGGACUGAAAGUUGAAAUUACGGAGUUCUUUAAAAAGGACCACGAAAUUGCGGCGCCAGAGAGAAUGCCAGUUACGCGAUAAACAGGCGAUAUUCGCGCGGCAACAUGUCGCCGGUGUGCCACAACUUCGUGCAGAACGCCUGGAAGAAGGACUUCUGUUCCAACUGCUUCAAGUCCCGCGAGGACCACCUCAAGCAGGAGCGCACCACCGAGGGCAGCAAGUAUAUCAACACCCCCUUCCAGAACAGAAGCACCUUCUUCAAGAAAACACCACCCAGCAUACUCAAAACACACCCCAAGAAGAAAAACAAACGAAAUGUCAGAUUCCCUGAAGAGGUGAGCAGUGUCAUUGGCUACGGUGGUGACGACUGGUCUGAUGGAGAAGAAUUCGAAAUUUCAGAAGAAACUGAAGACGAUGACAGUUUUCCUGAUACAGAGGAAGAGAGAGAACUUCAUAAAGUCACCAAAUUGAACACAGAUUUUAACACAGUUAAAGCUAAUCUAUUGGGUGAGACUGCAAGCAAAUCUUACACCUCUUUACUGUUAGGGAAAAUGCAAACGGAUUCCGAUGGAAAGAAGAAGACUUUACUAGUCUCAGUUACUCCGUUUGGGCAAGAGAACAAAAGCCCAAAUGUAAAAUCGCAUGGUCGAAAACCCGCCGUUAUACAUGUCACGGACGCAUCCUCCGAAGAAACUAAUAACUAUAAAACCAAUAUUAUUCUGUCAACGUACGUUAAAGAAACCGAAACUAUUAUACAAGCAGAUAGCACAACAGAAAGUAUAUGUACUGAAAAAUCGCUGCUUGAAGAAAUAUCAGAAACUUUAGAACAGAACAGAAUCACAAAUGCCACUGAUCUUGGUUACACACAAAAAGAUUGCACCAAACCCACCGUAGUAGAGGGGAAGAUAAAGGAAAGCAUGCAAGAUGACUUCGACAAGAAAGAAAUGUGCGAGACCAAAAAGAAUGCGAUCGUGAGGAAAUCGCCCUUGCCUAAAACACAGGAAAGGCCUAAAGUAAAUCUCAGCCGAUCUGAAUUCAAGUUUUGUAAGAUAAAUGUUGAAAGCAGUAGUGUUGAUUCAGCGGUAAGCACUCUUAAUUCCACCGCCAACAAUUCUCUAACGUCAGACGACGAAAGUUUCAGCGGUCGCACGGACUCCGAUAACGACGAUAGCGGCCAUUUCUCCGAAACGAAAUGUGAAGAGACAGUCAAGAUAAAAGUGUUCAACGAUACCGAUAAGAACAUCAAGAUGUCCCCGAUAGGGCAGCUCAGAAAAAUAGAUGGGCAAGCCAGCAACGGCUACUCGACGUUCCAAAGUCCGAUUAUAGAUAUGCCACCAAUUGUGCCAAAGCCUCAUGACAACGUAUUUUCUGCUGAGGCUAGUAGAGAGUUAGCUGGCGAACCAGAUGGUAGGGCAGAUCCAGAUGAAACCACCGAAGCCCCAGCGUUACCUAAGAGCCCAAUGCCUACAAUGGAUCCUCGUCCAUCUUUCCUUCACGGAAUGAUUACUGAUAUAAUGUCUCCCAAACCUGCCGUACCUGAAAAACCCAAGUUGCCGAUCAAGCCGGUUAUAAAACAAACCACUAAAAAAGCCGUCGUAACGCCGCAAACAGUUAUGCAUUUGCAAACUAAAGUGGAAGACGAUCGGUCGGCCCGAGCUAUUAGCGAGGAGAAAAAUAACGAAAUAACUGAGGUGCAUGAAGAAAAACCUGAACCGAUUUACUACGCGAAACCUGUUCUAACAAAGCAAGACAGCGAUACGUCACUCAAUAGCCUUACUAAAUCUAAAGCACCGUCACCUCCAUCAUCGCCAUCAAUAGACGAGUAUCCAAAUUUGUAUCAAAGGAAUACAAAUGGAUUCACCAAAUCUGACUCUCCUGUAGUAAGAGAAAUGGAGAAGCGAGAGCGAGCAACCAUAUCCUCCGCGAUGCCUAAAGUGAAACCUGCUGAUACUGUUGAGAUUAAAAAGGUUGAUGUCAUCCCAGAACCUGCCCCUAGAAGAAACAUAUCUUUGUCACACGAUAAUCUGCUCUUAGACGAAAAGCGCAAAGGCAAGCUAAAAUUCUCCAUCAAAAAACUCUUACGCAUAGGCUCAUCAAAAGACUUAGACAAGAAAGAGCUCAGCGUAGCAACAGUGGCGAAAGUAGCCCACAAACCCGAAGAAAUCUUCGAUUUAACACCGAAACCGAAACCACGGCUGGUGAUCAUACAUCCGUUGGACAUAAACGGGUCGAAUGUUGAGGUCGUGAAGCCGAAAGAGAUAUCCGAGAUUCGUCGGAUGAGUCACGAUGACGUGUCGAUAUAUAGUGGGAGUAGUUCGGCAACUGAGGUAGAGACGCCGAAGGUCGUAAACAAGCCCCCUCCUCCUCCAAGGCACUUGAGUGAAGAGACAAAGGUGGCCACAGUUCACAAGCCGGCCAGACCGCCGCCGCCGAAGUCGGCUGCUCUCCAAAAGAAGCAAAAACAGCAAGCGUGGACACCGCCGAACAAGAGCGACAAUAUUUAUGCGAAUCUAGGCGAGAUCCGGUCAGCCCUAGCCCCUAGAAAACCCGAACGCACAGCUAGCAUGCGAGAGCGAGAAGCUCACCUAGAGCUCCCCAAACGUAGAACACCCAUAGACGACGAGAAAGACGAGGACGGCCCCCAAGAACUCGUACAGGCCACCAACGAAGCCGUCAUCCACAAUUACGACGACGUCUACAACUCUAACAAGUACGAGGAAACCUCAGAUUCCGCUAAAAACAGUGACAGCGAUUACGAAUACGUAAACCACGCGCGAUCAAGCUCUCCCGAGUGUGAUUCCAAGCCGAUAGAGACGCGGAAAGACGAAAGCGUCGAAUACCCGAAAUACAACGGCUUCAGAUCCUCUCUUCCAUACUGCGGGAGCGAAACAGAAUCAGAGAUAUACUCCCCGUAUAGCUUCUACAGUUCUAACGACAACAUGGACACUGGCAAUGAGGAUUAUCAGAACGAGAUGACGCCAAAAACAACUACGAAUAAGCUGCGGGUGCGAAAGGGACGCAGUGUUGUGCACAGGAAUCUGGAGGAUAAUUACGGGGCCGUCGUCAUUGCUAACCACGAGGCGCUAGCGCAGGUUUUAGAACAGGUACAGCAGAGUGCCACGAUGCAGCCCUCACUCCGCGGCCUCAAGGCAUGCACUAAUCUCCGCUGGAGCGACUUCGCCGUGCAGUCGUCGAAAAACGUGCGCGCGGGCAAGCGGCUUUUCUACCCUGCCAUUUGGAACUCUAGCCAAGGCCCAGUGAACGUCACUCUGAUGGUCCACAAGGAACAAACGGCCUCUCAACUCGUUUGCCAACAGUCGAUGCAGCCUCAGACCCUCAGCCUGAACGCUAUCACGGAGUUCUGCGACCUGGUGCCGAUGCAGCAGUUCGGAGAAGAAGGCGAUGACUUGGUGCAAGCAACCAUCGUCGUGCUAGCCCAAGCACAGGUCGACACGCUCCAAACUUACGGGGAAUCCCUCCGCUCCGUCGAGAUAUCCACAAAAGAGUACCAACUAGUCCAAACCGAGCAGAUCCACGAGGCCAUCUUCAUGAUGCUUCAACUCAUCAACGGCCUAAAGUGCCUCCAAGCGAGAGGGGUCGAAGAUAUUUCUGAGAGUUUAACCUCUUUUAUUUCGUUGAGGGAACAGCCUUGUGGGGCUAGCGGGAUAAGUUCGCCGACUCCGGAUGAUAGGCUGAAUUCAUUGUCGGCGCCGAAGACGAACUGCUACGGGAGAUUGUGCAUUUUACAAGGAUUAAGCGACGACAUGAACAAAUCAACACCUGACGCCCACCUCAACUCUCUCUGCAAGUGCGCCAUCAAAGCUCUAGAGAUCAUCCUCCCAAGCGAGAAACUAACCCCACUACUCAAGGAAGUACUACAAGAAGAACGAGCGAUCUCCCUAAACCAGGCAAAAUCAGUCUUGGAAUUCAUGUUAUGGGGUCCUUUAGAUGUCGUUCAAGGCGUCCCAGUAGAUGACCGUGAAUUGUCUCUACAAAGAUGGUUGGAUUUAGAAAGAGCGACGGUUUUACAUGGGUUGGUGAGAACCAGAGUCCAACUGAAUGCGUUUGAGCAGCUGCAUUUGAUGUUCUUAGUGCGAUCCACGGCGAAGGCGAUGUGCGAAGCAUCGGUACUUUUAGAAAAGGCCAAUGUGUAUUGAUGUAUAUUUUGUAGCUUUACGAGUGCGCAUCUGAAAUUUUUAAUGUAUUUCGAAUGAGGGCUACCGCGUUUAAUUUCGCCGCUAGGGGCGCUAGUGUAGAUGGAGGUCUUUCAAAAUGUCAAAUGCAUAGAAGUUUUGGGGGUUUCAAGCUUUUUUAUCGGAAAUUCUCACUCCUUAUUCAUAAUAGAGGUAAAUCUUUGUCCGUCUUUGAAUAAUCAUGGUAAACAAUAGAUAUAGCUCAAUAAAUGUUAGUUUAAAAAAAAAAGUGCUAACUAAAAUAUAUGCAAAAUUAAACAGGGUAAAAAUGGCACAUUUAGACGUUAAAAUACCUUUGUGUAUAUUAGAACGUAUUUAUUUUAUAAAAAUAAGCAUAGAAGAAUUUUGAGUUCUGUUUUUCUGGACCUACAUCUACAGUGGCGCCAACUGGUGAGCACAAAAACGAUAGCCCUCAUUGUUUUGAAGGGCAUUGAAAUAAGUUGGGCGCAUUGAAAACUUUCAUUGAGAAAGUCUGGUUGAAGGAAAAAAUAUAUAUUAUUUUGUAAAUAACGCCUUUACAAUUAUUUUCAUGCCCUUUUUGAGUAAAACUAGUUUGAAAAAUCGCUCUUAUUUGUAUAAAAGACUGUAGAUAAAUGAAUAAUAAUUUUUAAAAUUGUGACGUAAUUAUUUCCAAGUAAUUUUUAGCUGCGUGAAUGUCUUUUGUUUAUGAAGUAAUAUUAUGGGAGUAAUUAAGAAUAUCAAUUUUCCAAUACAUACCACAAUACUCCAGUUUUUCGGACCACGGAUGCGUACUAUCUUUAAUCUUACUUUUAGUCCUUAGCUUAAUAGGCACCUGAAAGACUUUGUUGUUUUUUUUAAUUGUUUUGAAAUGUUGUUUGACCCCCAAAUCAUUUUAUUAUUAAUUAUAAAACAACCAUAAUAACAUGACCUUAAUGUUGCUGAUUUUACUGAAUACACACUGAAUAUGACUGAAUUAAGUCCAACAUAAGAAUAAAACCUAAAUAUAAAAUUCACAAAUAGCAAAGAAAGUUAUAUUUUUUCAAGAAAAAAAGUGUAUAACUUUAAAUGCAAUUGUGACAUUUACCGGUAAAAGAUACCACCUUGUCAAUAUGGAUGUGAGGAGUGCCUUUUCAAAAGGGCAUUUUUGUAUGGUGUCCAUAGAGAAAUAAUCCCUUUUGAAAAGACUCUUCAAAUGUUAAUGGCAUAUUUAUGCCAGUAGCAGUAACAUUGACAAGCUUUGUGAUAUUUUUUUACUGAAUAAGACACAAAAAUAUAUGUAAUAAACCAAAAGGGGGUAAAACGUUCAAAAUAUUAAUUUUAAAUGAUUUUGACUUUAAAAAUAGGUGCCAAGACAGUACUGAAAUUCUAUAUACUCGUUUUAUCUAAUCUGGUGCCUUAUCAACUCUAGUAUAUAAGCGUUGUGUACAUUACUGCAUGUAUUUAUAUAUUUCACGAGCUUGGUGGGAAGUUCAAAAUUUAUAUCUCGUGUUAAGAUUUCGAAUAUAAAUCUAAAUAAUUUA